UUCUUUCACUUCCUGACCAUUCGUGAAGAAGGUUGAAUUUCAGUCUCGCUGAACGUCCAUUUUGUUGGAACAAAGGUGAACAAUUUUCGGAUAAUUGAAGUACAAUUUACAUUGUAAAGUGUAGUUUAAAGUUGUACCUUACUUGACUCAGUGCUAACGAACAAAACCAGUGCUUGUUUAUUGCGCUUCGUUUCGUGUUAAGUCCGUUCAAAGUAAAGACAGAUAAAAUCCAAAAUGGCAGACAUGCAAGAUACGGAGAUGAACGGAGGUGCCACCCAAGAAACCCAAGAAAAUGGAAACAAUCAGCCUCAAACGGAUCAACCGAAUACCAACAGCAGCAGUGAACCGACGAAUUCUAACGGUGGUUCCACCGAAACCAAUCACACCGUGCGGGAUGACGAUAGAAAAUUAUUCGUUGGUGGACUUAGUUGGGAAACAACAGACAAGGAACUGAAGGAACACUUUAGCCAGUAUGGGGAUAUCGAAAGUAUCAAUGUCAAGACUGACCCGAACACAGGGCGCUCGCGUGGAUUCGCCUUUAUCGUGUACAAAAGUGCCGAGUCCAUCGAGAAGGUGUGCGCGGUCAGCGACCACACGAUCAACAACAAGAAGGUGGACCCUAAGAAGGCCAAGGCUCGCCAUGGCAAGAUCUUCGUUGGCGGUUUGACGUCGGAGAUCAGCGAUGAGGAGAUCAAGACGUUCUUCGGCCAAUUCGGAAAUAUUGUAGAGGUCGAGAUGCCAUUCGACAAGCAGAAGAAUCAGCGCAAAGGAUUCUGUUUUAUAACCUUCGACUCGGAGCAGGUGGUGACCGAACUGCUGAAGACUCCCAAGCAGACGAUCUCUGGCAAGGAGGUGGAUGUUAAGAAAGCCACACCGAAGCCGGACAACAUGGGCCCGAUGGGGCCGAUGGGUGGCCGAAUGAAUAUGCGUGGUGGUCCUGGACUCCCCCGCGGAGGUAUGCGUGGUGGACGUGGUGGACCUGGUGGACCGAAAGGCGGCUAUGGACAGGGCUGGGGAGGACAAGGAUACGGCGGCUACGGAUAUGGACAAGGCUACGGCGGAGGAUACGAUGACUACGGUUACGGAGGUUACGAUGGUGGCUACAUGAAUGGAGGCCGUCCGGGAGGUCCUCGCGGAGGGGGCAAAGGCGGAGCUGGUGCGUUUGGUGGCGGCAAGCAGCGCGGCGGCGGUGGUGGCGGUCGUCAGCCCCGCCAUGCGCCAUACUAAGUAACUCGUCAUACAGAUCGGUGUUGUACGUACAAAACUACAAAGCCCACACAUGAGCAGAAACUGCACGUACUCAUUUCACUUCAGUUUACUGUAAUUUUUUUAAUACAACAACAUCAGAGAGACAGCGAAAGAGAACUUGGAAAUUGGAGAAUUGAGGAAACUAUAGAUAGGUAAACAGAAACAACUAGGUGCAGUUCAAGAACACGAUGGAGCCGCCCACUCUAUUGUUCAAGCUUUCAUUACAUUCUACUUUGCUAACGCGCUAGGGAGCUGCAUUUCAUGGAAUUUAUGCUUUUUCAGUUCAAGUAUUGCGCGCUCAGAAAUUAUAUACAGACAUCGAGGCCACAGUAGUAAAUAGCCGAAGAAAUGCCGGGCUGCGCUUCUAGGCUAACGAGAUACACACUCACGACUCAUUACUAAGUUUUUAUUUUGCACGUUACAAAUGUGCAUAUGAACUUGACUGCUCAUUUUCAGCUUUUUCAACUAACCAACGUUUGCGAAAUAAACCUUUUAAUUUUUUUUUUUCCUUGUUAGUUUGUCUAGCUCUGGGCGCGUCUCUAGUGUUUGUUUUAGGACUAUACAACAGAUUCAAAAAGAGUGGAUUGUUCGCAACCAAAUACAAAAAUUAACAUGUUAAGCGCUAAGUUAGUUCCCGUAUGCUGGCGUCAAUUCGCUCAGACUAGCGGUGAAAAAUGAGCGUAGCGCGUAAAGAAUUAGUAAGGACUUCAAAACGGAAAGGUCAAGCAAGGAAUUUGUUUGGGCAUUGACAAUACGGUUCCAUCCGUAACACUAUUAAUAAAAAGGAGCAUUGUUUGCAUCU